UGAUUGGCACCGGAUACACCUGUGUUGACAAACGGGCUGUGGCUAACAACAGGAGCGUCAGGAAAACAGGUUUUCAGCUUGAAAUGGAUGAAACUGCAGACGGGCACAACCGGUGUGCCAACCAAAAGAACUCUCUCCCUGUUUCCAGCUCCUCUCCUACGUCUGUCAGCUCUCCCCAAACAUGGCUGCCAGUUGUAUCACCCCUGCGGUCUCCCUGGAGGACUGAUCGUCAAAUGGAGCAGGACCAGGAUUUCCGGGACCAUCACGCUGGGAUGCAGUCGAGUCCUCCAUCUCGUUUCUAUGAGGAACUCUACUGUAGCAGCCAGACUUCAAACCCUCUGGUCGGCGCCCUCAUGACCUCCUCCGGGCCGCAGAGCGAUGUGGUGAAACAAGGUAACCUGGGGAAGCUGGAGCGGAACCACAGGAGAUAUUUUGUCCUCAGAGCUGGAAGUCACACCGGGCCGAGUCGUCUCGAGUGGUACAAGAGCCAGGAGAAGUUCACAGCAAUGGAGAAGUGUGCUGGUAAAGCUGCGCUGUUUGGCUCAAGCAAGCAAGGGGUGAUUUACAUGCAGUGCUGUCUCGGUGUGAGCCGGGUUAGCAGUUCCAAGAAAGGCCACAUGGUGGCGCUGUAUGCCAAGGAUCAGACCAUGGUGCUCGUGGUGGAGGACCAGGGGGAACAAGAAGAGUGGUAUCUGGCCAUUAAGAAACUGAUGGAGGAAGAGUGUAAAGAUGAAGAGGGUGGAGAAGCGUUUGACGAAGAGGAUGAUGGGUAUUGCACUCUGCCACCUGCUGCGUUCUUCAAAGAGGUUUGGCCCGUCACAGUGAAGUCCAGAGGUCUUGGCUGUUCCAAGUCCUUGGCAGGGGAGAGCCGGCUGUGCCUCACAGCUACGUCCCUCAUCUUGGUCAGAGUAAGCGCGUGCAGUGUUUUGCCGUCGGUUACAAUACCGUUGCUGAGCGUUCGUCGCUUCGGCCACUUGGACGGCUCGUUCUUCUUGGAGCUCGGCAGGUCGGCACCAAACGGUCCUGGAGAGAUCUGGAUGGAAGCAAGAGACCAAGGAAACCCAGCCGUAGCCCAGCACAUUCAUGAGGUGGUUCGCGAGACAGUACGGGCACUACGAGCUCUUCCUGACUUCAGCCGGUCACCGACCUCCAACCACAAUCCGCUUCAAACCCUUCUGGCCUCAAAACGCUGCAGACCCAAAUACAGAGACAAGCUGGUGAAUGUGAGACCACUUGGUUCUCGCUUGGCCCUGCCCCCCAGAAACCUUGAAAUCCAUACCAACACAAGUCCAACACAAUGUCAUCUAGAGCCCUGCAAGCCUGACAAAAUGGAGCCUGAAUCCACUCUGAGCUGCACCUCACAUCUCAGCCCUGUCAGAUCCCAUCAGAGCUCCGUGUCUGAGACCGACAGCUAUGUGGACAUGAAGACGGACCAUCAUCCCCCAGUGAACAACAAAGGGAGGGAGAACGACUGCACAAGAGCUGCUGUUGUGACUGAGGGCCGCUGCAGUGUUGCAGCCUGUGGGACGGAGGGAGGGGAGCCAGGUAAGGAAGAAGAAGAAGAAGAAGAGGAGGAGGGGCUGGGGUACAUGAUGAUGUCACCACAAGUAAGCCCGAGUUCAUCUGUGCUGCCUCAGGAUGACUAUGUAACCAUGAGCCCACAUAAACAAGACUGGCCAGCCGACUCUUCCCCCGUCUCUUCCCAUCAGACAUCAUUCAACAGCUCCACUUCUGACAGCUACUCUCCUCUGCACCCGUCAUAUCAUAUCAUGACCAAUGAGCACAGUCGGCCACACUGGCUGGUGACUUCAGUCCAACUGUCAGAAACAGACGCUGACCAAUCACAGACGAGCAUCAGCUGCUCAACCCAACCAGAUGAUGACGGAGGGCAGGAGCAGAGACGACUCCCAGCACAGACCAGAAACACCUCGUCUCUUGUGAGGAGCUUUGAUGGGUCUGACAUGGUGACUCCUUUUGUCAGAAGUGGGCCAGGCUGUACCAGGCCAGUCCAGGCUAGUCCAAACUCUGAUACAGGCCGGUCUAGGCGACUCCAAUCUGUGAGAAGAUACCGGCUGUCACUGUGCCUGCCUUCUUGUCUGCAGACUGAGGACAGAUCCUAAUUGUUUGUAGGAAUUCACUAUUUUGUUGACAACAAUAAUCUGAACAGGAGCUAUGUAUUUAUUCUGGUCCACAAUAUUUCAGUGUGACUGUUGCUGUUGCACUUUAAUCACACUUGCUGUGACAGAAACUGGAGCUUUAAAGUCUUACAUUGAACACUACAGUAUAUGUUUGAUAAAAAAUAAUGUUAUUUGUUGACAGUGUUUUUCUGUUUUUGGUGUGGAUUGAAUCAAGCCUUUGGUUUUGGGCUAAACCACACAGCACUUGAAGAUGCUCCACUGUUAUAUAAAAGAAUGAAAAGAAUAAAGUCACAUAAAUGCA